AUGCUGUCCCCAGUGCACAAUGAAAAUGCUGUGAAUUUCCACAUGGAAUAUGCUUUUGAUAGCUGGAAGCCACUGUGGAGAAAUGUGUUGCAGUCCUACUAUGAAUCAUCUUCAAAGGUUGAGGGAAUGAAAGUCGUUAGUUUAAUUGAAAUGAUGGAAAUGACUCAGCACUCUGUAGCAGCAAGAAAUCUGAGAACUAGCCCUAACUGUGGCCUAAGAUGCAGUGGAGGGGAGAGGCAAGACCGCUUUGAACUCUGCAAACCAACUUUCCUAGUUUGCUGCUACACCAGAAAGGGAUGCUGUCAUUUUCCAUCUUGGGUGGGUGGGGGAGACACACAACAAACUUAA